AUGGCGUACUACGACGAUCGUCGCCACUAUGCGCCCCGCGACCGUGGCCGUCCAGCCGCCGGUUAUGCUGCAGAUUACUAUGACGAUCAUCCACGGGGAUUUAAUGCAAGGAACGAUCGAGAAGUCUACUCCCCUCGAGGGGGUGAGGGCUCGGUUGAGGAAAUCCAGCGCGACUAUCCCCCAGGCUCUGAUUAUGUCUAUGAGCGCGGCUACGACUCUCGUCGCUCGCGACGCCCGGUCUAUGAGAAUGUGCGCCGCGCAUCCUCUGUCGGUGGCUACGAUCCGUACUACGAUAAUGGUUACUACCGUUCCCGAACCCGGCGAACCAGGCAGUCUGAUGAUCACCGCCCCCGUCGCUCUAGAUACUCCUCUGCUUCUUCAUCCAGCCCAUCUCCAUCCCGUCAUAGACGCCGCAAGUCAUUUGGCGAAACUGCCCUCGGCGCACUUGGCCUAGGCUCCGUUGCUUCCAGACAGUCAGACCGUACAGACCGCACAGAUCGUGGCCGCGCCCGAUCCUCUUCACGUCGCCGUGGUCGUGAUUACUCGUCAUCUCGAUCUCGUAGCCGCAGUCGUGACCGUGAUCGCAACCACCGUCAACGCAGUGAACAGCGCCUUGCUCAGGCCGCACGCGCUGCCUUGACAGCCGGUGCCGUGGAAGCCUUCAAGUCUCGCAAGGAUCCGGGCGACUGGACUGGUGCCAAGGGUAAACGCAUCCUCACUGCAGCUGUCACUGCGGCCGGUGCCGACGGUCUCAUCGAUAAGGACCCCAAAAAGCACUCUGGGCGUCACGUCGUGGAAUCUACCCUCGCUGGUCUUGCCGCUAGCCAUUUCGUCCGCGGUGGUUCCUCCUCCAAGGGACGUGAUGGCCGUGGCCGUUCCGGCAGUGGCCUCAAAGACCUCGCCGCUACUGGCGCUCUUGCGGCUGCAGGCAAAGAGAUCUAUGACCGUAUGUCGCGCUCGCGCUCUCGACCUCGCGGCCGAGAUGAUCGUGACCGAGACAGCGACGAUGAUCGACGUGGAUCCAAGAAGCGCAGCAAGAGCGUUUCGGAGUACAUUACCAAGGGCAUGGCCGCCCUGGGCUUUGGAGAAGAAGCAUCCGACCGUGGUCGCCACGACCGCAACCGUGAUCGAGAUGAUGAGAGCCUGAAUUAUCGUUACGAUCCUCGUCGGGAGCGGCGUCAUCACCGGGACAGAGACUCACGAUACGACUCCUAUUCAGACUCAGACACAGAGACCGACUACCGCAGCAGGAAUCACAGGCAUGGCAGAGGCUCGAGAGAUGUAGGUCGAAAUCGUUCCUUGAACGGCAACAAAGCACCCCCCAUUGCACCUACUAGUGCACCCCGUGGCGAGAUGAAGGGCUUGGGAUCUUCCAACCGGGGAUCCCACUCUAGCUCCGAAAGUGAUUCUGACUUGGGCGACAGUAGUGAUGAAAAAGAAAAACGCAAGAAGCUGAAGCGGGACAUGUUAUUGACCUCUGGUCUGGCCACCGUGGCUACAAUCCACGCCGCCCACGGAGUUUACGGCGGGAUCCAGAAACGCAAAGAACGCAUGCAACAGGUGAAGGAUGGCGAGAUUACACAGGAGGAGGCGCGCAAGCGGCGCAUCAAGGCGAAUACUAUUGAUGCGUUUAGCGUCGGGCUUGCGGCGCUGGGUAUCAAGGGUGCGUACGGGGAGUGGAAAGAGGUUAAUGAGAAACGCAAGGAAACGAAACACUUCCGGGAUGAAUGUGCGCAGCGUGCUAUUAAACGGGAGAUGCGUCGUUGUCGCAGUCAGGGUUCCGCUCCAAAUAGUCGUCGCCGGUGGCCUGAUGAGAUUGAAUACCCGGACUCUCAUCAUGGUCAUGGCAGUGGUUUUUCUUAUAAUGAUGGAAAUCCUUAUGGGGCAACGAGUGAGGCACCGGCGAUCUCCUAUUAG